CCUCCCGCCGCUCCCCCGUGUUCCUGCAGCUCCUCCCGCGGCCCCCUGCUCCCGCAGCUCCGCAGUCCGGCGCAGCCCCGGCCGGAGAAAAUGGCGGAUCGCGCCGAGAUGUUCUCGCUCUCCACCUUCCACUCGCUCUCCCCGCCCGGCUGCAGGCCCCCCCAGGACAUCAGCCUGGAGGAGUUUGACGAUGAGGACCUGUCGGAGAUCACGGACGACUGUGGCAUCGGCCUCAACUACGACUCGGACCACUAUGAGAAGGACUGCCUGGUGCUGGACCGCGGGGAGCAGCCCCACCCCGUCUGCACCUUCCAGGACGACUUCCAGGAGUUCGAGAUGAUCGACGACAACGAGGAGGAGGAGGAGGAAGAGGAGGAGGAGGAGGGCAACGAUCUGGAAGCUCCGCCGUCCCCUUCGGCCUCACCCAUCCCCUCGCCCGCCCUGGAGGAGACGCAGAAGCACCGACCCACCACCCUCAACCUGACGGCCCCGGGCACCCAGGAUUCCCUGAACAACAACGGCAGCUUCCCACCGCCCGCUCACCGCACGACCUGGCAGGACGCCCUCCUCCACUCCUCCUCCUCCUCCUCUUCCUCACACACUGGACACUCGUCUCCACACGCCUGCAUCCUGGACGGACCCUGCCUGGAGAGCCCGCGGGGCCCCGGGGGGGCCCCCCCCUCGCUGCCGCCCUCCCCCUUGGACUCGCAAGGCAACAGCCCCGAGUCCCUGGCACAUGGUAACCCAUCGCCCCCGAGAGCCGGGCAAGAUUUUAACAUGAACCUCAUCUCCGCAGCGCUCCGAGCUCCGCUGUCCCCGCCGCGCCCCCGCCAGCCGCCCCCUCAACCGUGUCUCUCUCCAACAGGGCCCGCGGCUCCCCCGGUCCCCCGACGCCGGCCCCCCGCCCCAGCCCGAGGCGGCCGGGAGCCGCCAGCCCAGGGUCCCCCCGCCCGCAGCCCGGCCCCCGCGACCCCCGAGGAGCGGGCGGAGGGUGCCCGCGUGUGCCCCCCGGAGCCGCUCAGCUCCGACGGGGAGGGUCCCCAGUCCGGGCGGGCGGCCAGCGUGCGCGGGCACCCCUCGGGCUCCUCGGAGACCACCUCGCCCUCCUCGGACCCCGGCAUCGAGGCCGACCUCACCAGCCGCACCGCCAAGCCCUUCCUGCCCGGCGGGCGGCACGGGGAGGACCUGAGCUCGCCCGGCUCCGACUCGGACGUGGAGGGGGAGCUCGAGGCGGCCUUCGCCGGCGGGCGCCUGGUCAGCAACAUGAUCUCCUCCAUCUCGGAGACCGAGCUGGACCUGAGCAGCGACAGCAGCAGCGGCCGCUCCUCCCACCUCACCAACUCCAUCGAGGAGGCCAGCUCGCCCGGCUCCGAGGGAGAGCUGGAGCCGGAGCUGGAGGCGCCGGGCCUGAUGGGCAUCAAGGACUCGCUGCUGCUCGACAAGGGCAAGGAGGAGGAGGAGGAGCCUGCGGAGAGGGGGCCGCCGGAGCGCGGCGUGGUGAGGAGGGAGAGCCUGGCCGAGCUGAAGAUGGAGGGGUACUACGACAGCCUGGACCCGGCUGACUGCCCUGCGCCCGAGGGCCAGACCGAAGUGUCUGCCUCCAGCCCCCUGGACCUGAAGAUCGACCCGGACCACAGCCUGGAGAGCAUCCGGCGCUCCUUCUACCUGCCCGUGGGGCCCAAGCUGAUGCCCGAGGCGGACGAGGAGGACAACAGCGAGUACGACUCCGACUCGGAGUCGGAGCCCGACCUGAGCGAGGACUCGGACUCGCCCUGGCUGCUCAGCAACCUGGUCAACAAGAUGAUCUCGGAGGGCUCAUACCCCAUCAAGUGCCCGGACGAGUGCUUCCAGAACACCCACUCGCUGUGCGACACCAUCUCCCCGGCCUCCGACCUGGAGCCCGAGAUCCUGAGCGAGGCGCUGGACGAGGAGCCCGUCCCGCAGGACUCUCCGGCGGGGCCGGGGGACGCGGCGGUGCCGCGGUGCCAGCGCGCCAUCGAGCUGGUGGACAUGGAGACGCUGCGCAGCUCCCUGGAGUGCGCCGAGGACGAGCGAGGCCUGGACGCCGCCACGGAGCCGCCGCCGGAGCCGCCGGCUGACGAGCCGGGCCCCUUCCUCUUCCUCAGCAACCCCACCAACGACACCAUCGCGCCCGUCUUCCCGGGCCCCGUCACCCUCGACAGGCUGGAUGCCUCCGAGGUCCUGGCCAGCUUUGGCUGCCGCCCCACGCCGCCGCGUGUCCCGUCACGCACGUCCCCUGGCGCUGAGCCCGCCGGCACCGCCGGGGACCACCGCACCGCCAGCCCCGAGGGCUGGGCCGUCAACAGGGACCUGGACUCGGGGGUCCUGGAGGCCGACAACAUGAUAGACGACGUCCGGUUAGUGCCCCCCGACGCCGACCCCGCCACGCUGGACGUCUCCACCGCCAAGACCAACCGCGGCUUCGCCAUGGCCUUCGAUGAGGACGAGGGGUCCUUCCUGCCCGGCUCCCCCUUCCCCACGGCCCCGCGGCGGGGCAGCUUCGGGGGGGAGCUGUGUCCUGCCCCCGGGGCGCCGGAGCCGCCGGCGCUGGACGAGUCGCUGGCCUACGACUCGGUGAAGUACACGCUGGUGGUGGACGAGCACACGCAGCUGGAGCUGGUGAGCCUGCGGCGCUGCACGUCCGUGCUGAGCGACGACAGCGACCUGCUGCGCGCCUGCGACCGCUGCGACAUGGACGACGAGGUGGCCUUCGGGGACGGGCUGGUGGCCCCCGACGCGCACAGCUCCUCCGAGGACUCGUCCCCCGAGGCCGACCUCCAGUUCUCCAAGAAGUUCCUCAACGUCUUCGUCAACAGCACCUCACGCUCCUCCAGCACAGAGUCCUUUGGGCUGUUCUCCUGCAUGGUGAACGGGGAGGAGCGGGAGCAGACCCACCGUGCUGUCUUCAGGUUCAUCCCCCGCCACGAGGACGAGCUGGAGCUGGACGUGGAUGACCCCAUCCUGGUGGAGCUGGAGGAGGAUGACUACUGGUACCGGGGGUACAACAUGCGGACGGGGGAGAGGGGCAUCUUCCCCGCCUUCUACGCCCACGAGGUGGUCGGCCAGGCCCGGGACGCCAUCGGCUUGAAGAGGAACCCGUGCUGGGUGGAGCGGUUCAACGUGCAGUUCCUGGGCUCCGUGGAGGUCCCGUAUCACCAGGGCAACGGGAUCCUCUGUGCCGCCAUGCAGAAGAUUGCCACCACCAGGAAGCUGACGGUGCAUCUGCGCCCCCCGGCCAGCUGUGACCUGGAGGUGACGCUGCAGGGGAUCAAACUCAUCCUGACCGUCACCGAGUACAGCCGGGACGAGGAGUUCGAGCGCUGCAGCCACUUCUUCCAGAUGAAAAACAUCUCCUUCUGUGGGUGCCACCCCCGGAACAGCUGCUACUUCGGGUUCAUCACCAAGCACCCGGUGCUGAGCCGCUUCGCCUGCCACGUGUUCGUGUCCCAGGAGUCCAUGAGACACGUGGCCGAGUGUGUCGGCCGAGCGUUUCAGGAAUAUUACCAGGAGCACCUGGAAUACGCCUGCCCCACAGAGGACAUCUACCUGGAGUAGGGGGGCAGCCGGGGGGGCUCCUGCUUCUGCACCCCCCUCCAGCCCCACGGCGGCCAGAGACUGUGUGACCCCCAGCCAGCCGGCUUGGCCCCCCCGCACACGCUCCAGCCCAGGCCCCACGGCCCCCCCGCACACCCUCACCGCUUCUCGGGGGGCCGGGGGCCGCCACGGACCACGGGUGGGUAUCGGGGUGCGCCCCGGGCACCCCGGGCACGGGGGUGAUGCAGCCCGGCCUGGGGGGCCGGGGAGGAGCUGCCCCCCACCCCCUGCAUGAGCAUCGCCAGCCCGGGGGGCAGGAGCGGGGAGAAGCCCCCUGGCCACGGUGGGGGGGCCGAGAGGGGGCUCAAGGGGGUGAGUGGG